AUGCUGGAUGCACUGAAAGGAGGACCAUGGAUCAUCCGGUCUCAACCGUUGUUUCUUUGUGAAUGGAAUCCGACUGUUAAGUUGGAGAAAAAGGAGGUUAAAAAGGUUCAGGUAUGGGUUAAAAUUCAUGAUAUUCCAAUUGCGGCUAAUACAGAAGAUGGGUUGAGCAUGAUUGCUACAACAAUUGGUGAACCGAAACUUCUGGAUUCAUAUACUACUUCCAUGUGUAUGGACAUGUGGGGUCGAAGUAGUUAUGCUAGAGCUUUAAUCGAGGUGUCUGCUGACAAGGAGUUGCGUGAGGAAAUUACUUUGGCAAUUCCUGAACUUGAGGGGGAGGGAUUUGUCAAAGAAACUAUGUAUGUUGAAUAUGAAUGGUACCCGAGUAGAUGUUCUAAAUGUUGUGUCUUUGGCCACUCGAUUGAAACAUGUCCUCUUACCCCCAAAAAGCCUGAUAUUGUAAAGAGGAUGGGUCAGAAUGAUAAGAAUCAAGUGCAAGGGAAGCGUUAUGAUAAAAAGUACCCGGUUAUUCAUAAAGAUGGGUAUCAAGAUGUACCGGCUAGGAAAGUGGCUCGAAAACAGGGAUUCCAAGUUAAUAAACAAAAACAAAAAUUUGAAUAUAGGCCGGUGAUUGCCAAACCGAAGGGGGAGGUGAAAAAAGAUCCAUCAUCAAGUGGAAUUGAAUCUAAAAAUCCGUUUGCUGCUUUGAAUGAUAUUGAAGGAGAUGGGUUCGUCGACUCAGACAGUGAGGAGGUCAUGGAGGGGGUUGAACCGCCCUCUGAAACAACAGGAGAAUCCCAUGUGGAUAUUCACAAUCUGAAUAAGGUUUGUUCUUCUGUUUUCCGUCGUUGGGAUUGGACUUCGAAUGGGAGUAGUUGUCAGAAGGGUACAAGAAUUAUUGCUGGCUGGGAUCCGGGUAUUCUUGAAGUCAUCUUGCUUGAUCAAUCUUCUCAGGUUAUGCACUUUCAAAUCAUUUUUAAACAAGAUAAAAGGCGGUUAUUUUGUUCAGUUGUGUAUGCGGCUAAUUAUUAUCUCACUCGAAGGGAGGUAUGGCAUCAUUUAUCCAAACAUAAAGUGCUUGUUGGUAACAAUCCGUGGGUUAUAUUAGGCGACUUUAAUUCAGCUCUGCAUCUGGAUGAUAAGUCGAUGGGCGCUUCGAAUAUAUCCCCUGGUAUGAGAGAUUUUCAAGAGUGUGUCUCGGAUAUAGAAGUGUUCGAUAUAAAUAGUUCGGGAAUGCAUUUUACGUGGAACCAAAAGCCUAAGGAGGGAGUUGGACUUCUAAAGAAAAUUGAUAGAAUUAUGGGUAAUACCCCUUUCGUUGAUGUUUUUCCCAACUCGGUAGCGUUUUUCCACCCGAAUCGGUUAUCCGAUCAUUGCCCUUGUUUGCUAAAGAUUCCAGCUACAGAGAACAAGAAGCAUCAAUCGUUCAAGUUUGCUAACUUUUUAGUUUACAAACCGGGUUUUAUUGAGGCGGUCAAGAAGGUGUGGGAAAAUAAUGUUGUGGGCGUUCAGCAAUUCCAGUUGGUUAAGAAGCUUCGUCUUUUGAAAAGACCUCUUCGUGCUUUAUUAUUCCAACAAGGUAAUUUGCAUAAGAAAGUAGAAACGUUGCGUGGGGAGUUGGAUGCGAUUCAACGGGAGAUAGAUAGAUGUCCUUCCAAUCUCAAUCUUCGUAAUCAAGAAACAAGGAUUACGGCUGCUUUUCAAGAGGCGUGCCUAGAUUAA